AUGACCUGUUCCUCUUCUACUAACUUCUAUAGCAAAGAAUAUCCUGUGAUCUCCAAGACCAUCAUGAGGCAGAGGUUGGUGUCCACACAUGGUCAACUCUCUGCAAAAUCAGACGUCAACUCCCUCCAUGGAAGCCACCAGGCUCUUCAGCACUACCAGUAUGAGAAUGGAGCGCACAUGCAGUUUGCCACCUCAGAUGCCCAAGACCUACCCCUCAACACCUUCACGGCACAAAGAGAAUCUGGCCUCUUCUACCACUGUCUGAAACGGCGAGCCGAAGGGGCCCGGCUUCUGGACUUACCCUGCAAGCGCUCGUAUCUGGAGCCGACCUCCUCCGCUGGAGAAGAACACUGGACCUCGGUUGCACCUUACACCAGUUACAGCGUCCAGACCAUGGAGACUGUCCCGUACCAGCCCUUCCCGGCUCACUUCACGGCCACCACAGUGAUGCCACGGCUCCCUCCCAUGGGCAGCCAAGGCGCCCAGCCGCCGGGCAACAGCCCUUUCUCGGUCUACAAUCAGCUCUCGCAAGCCCCCGCGCGGGAGAGGAUUCCUGGAGCAUCCUUCCCCAGGGAGCGGAUGGGCGAGAGGAAGCUCCCGUCGCCCCACCUGAGCGCGGCCAACGAAUUCCUGUACUCGCAGACUUUCUCCCUGUCGAGGGAACCCUCUUUGCAGUAUCAUUCGGGAGGGGCCACAGUGGACAACUGGACUGACGGGUGA